CAUUAAUUUUUGAAUUAAAAAAAGGGAUUGACAUAUCACUCAUUCUCACCUCCUUGUCACAAAAACACAUUUUGCAUUCAAACAUACUUUAAAGAAACAUUCUUGCAUAUCUUUGAAUUAUUGUUUUCUUCUGGAUCUCUUUUUCAUUUUAAUAUAUAAACGCUAGUUAGAGGAAAAGAACACAAGUCUACAUGCUUAGAGGUGAGAUAAUGAAGUUAGAUGAGGAUUUGGGUCCUGAUCGUGAGGAUGACUUUCAAACAGAUGAUGAAGAAAACCAAGGACAAAGGGUGUUCGAAAAUUUGGAUGAUCAAACCGAUUCAGAUAACUCACAAGCUCCUUCACGAAAUUUAUCCAACGAGGUUCCCCUUAGUCCUUCUUGGCCUCAAAGCUAUAGACAAUCUAUGGACAUGUUAACCAAUGUAAGCGUAACGCCCCCUGGGCUUGGGCUUACUUUCCUACGGAGAAUGAGCUCAACAGGGAGAUCCAACUCUGCCUCUCAACAAUACCAAGAUGAUUCCUCUUUGACGACACCUCUUGUUUCCGAUAAUGUUUCAUCCAAACAGCCCCACCAUGUUCAAUCACUAGUAUCUUCUAGUUGUACAAAAUUUUCUGCAAGUGAACUGCCACCACCACAACAACAAUGUUCAUUUGCACAAUCAGUGAUUAAUGGUACCAAUAUACUAUGUGGGAUAGGAAUUCUCACCAUUCCGUAUGCUGUUAAAGAAGGGGGUUGGCUGAGCCUUACCAUACUUGUGAUGUUUGCUAUCAUGUGUUGUUAUACUGGGAUUUUAUUAAUGAAAUGUUUAGAUAGUGACUCUGGACUCAAAGCUUACCCAGAUAUUGGUCAGGCUGCUUUUGGAAUUUUUGGUCGCCUUGGGAUUUCAAUUGUUUUGUACAUGGAACUGUUUGCCUCUUGUGUUGAGUACAUAACAUUAUUCAGUGAUAACCUGGAAUCAAUGUUUCCUAACACCAACAUCAGAUUUGCUGGGACUAACUUGGGUACUCAUCAAAUAUAUGCCAUCACAGCGGCUCUUCUUGUUCUACCAACGGUUUGGCUGCGAAAUCUAAGUCUGCUUUCUUAUAUUUCAGUUGGAGGAAUAUUUGCAUCAAUACUUGUGACGUUUUGCUUAUUUUGGGUUGGGGUGAUAGACCAAGCUGGAGUUCAAUUCAAGCCAGGAGGAAAACUUUUAGACCUUGCAAACAUAUCUGUCUCAAUUGGUGUUUUUGGUUUUGGCUUUGCUGGCCAUGCAGUGUUUCCAAACAUCUACUCUUCCAUGAAGGAACCAUCAAAAUUCCCAUCAGUUAUAUACAUUAGCUUUGCCUUUUGUCUUGUUAUGUACAUAAGUGUAGCAGCAGUUGGCUAUUUAACGUUUGGUGACUCAAUUGAAUCUCAGUUUACCUUAAACAUGCCAAAAGAAUUAUAUGCAUCCAAGAUCGCAAUCUGGACAACUGUAGUGACCCCAAUAGCAAAAUAUGCCAUAACAUUAUUGCCAAUUUCAUUGAGCAUAGAAGAACUUGUCCCGUCUCCUAGGCUAAAAUGUUAUGCCAUGUCUGUCCUUAUCAGAACAGUUUUAGUGAUUUUAAGUUUAGUCGUGGCCCUCUCUGUUCCAUACUUUGGUUCUGUGUUAGCACUGGUUGGUUCUUUGAUGUCAAUGCUAGUUGCACUUAUUUACCCCUGCGCGUGUUAUCUCAAGCUACAUAAGGGCAGCUUAUCAAAAAUUGAGAUAACAAAUUGUUAUAUUAUUAUUUGUGUGGGACUCAUAUGCGCUUCCAUGGGAACAUAUUCAGCUAUGACAAGAAUAUUUGGAGAGGGGGACUAACUAAUAGAACGAUCUUUUCCAUGUUAACUACCUCCAUCCUUUUAUGGGUUUGUGUUAGAUAUAGUGAGACUUUUUCCAAAUUUAAAGAAAAAAAACAAAAUUAUUAGUUGUAUUUGUGUUGUUUCUUUUAAUUUGUUCGAUGUUUAGUUUAGGAGAAAAUGAUUACAAAUUUAUGAAACUAAA